AUGCUCUCCAGAACGAUUUUUAGGGCCUUGAUAGCCCUAGAGGCUGCUGCAACUCUUGCCCUUGCACAAACCAACAUCACUGCCGAUGUCUGUGCAGACCCCUCUGCUUUCACCAGCUGUACAACGCAAGCCCUUGCGACGAGCAAGGGAUGCACGGAUAUGUGCAAUGGAAGUAAGAUGUGUGUUCUGGGCUGUGGAUGCGCCAUGUACCAGUCCUACAUCAACUGCGUAGCUGAGUCAUGCUGGAACCAAGCAUACUCCUGCGAAUACGAUAAAUUGGUAGCAGCUUACUUCUCUCAAUGUUCCACGGCUGCUGAACCGAUCCCAUUCUGGCCGGCACCAGAUAGUGCCCCCGGUGGCUGCUCGUGCAAUCUCGGCAAGGUGCUGCAAUCGGUCACCAAGGCGCAGCAGGAGUACAACACGUGCAUCACGAAUGACACCUCGACGUCAGUGAUUCAGCAGGGGAAUCAGAACACGGCGUGUGGAUGCUGCGAGGUUAGUGCCGGGUUGUCUGCAAUGUACGAAACCUGCCCGGAUACGAUUCCCGCCGACAUGGGCGCAGACAUCUGGCUGCAAGCUUCCACCAUCUAUGGCACCGUAAUCCACUGGGACAAAUGUGGGAGUGUGCUUGACCAAUACAACUGCCACAAUCUAGGGUUUGCGCCUCCGUCGUCGAAUUCCAGCACGUUUUAUAAGCCAGCCAACCUCCCUCCGAAUGGGACCCUGACACUGUAUAAUACCGGGCCAGCGAAUGCGGUUACAGCGCCGCCUAGCGGGUCAGUGUUCACUUGGUCGCAGUCCAGCGUGAUGUACACUGUAACUGCGUCGCCAUGGAAGAAUGGUCAAAUCAUGGUGACUAGUACUAGCAUCGCUACGACUAAGACUAGCAGCACUGUGACUGGGACUAGCAGCACUGUGCCUCCUGGAGCUACUAGUGCUGCCACUGGGACUGCGAAGACUGGAGCAGCCAUGUCGAUGAAGGAGUUGAGUCUCGUAGGCCCGGCUGCUUGGUUACAAGUGAUAGGGGUACUUAUGUUGGUUUAG